AUGCCUACCCUCCUCUACAUCGAAGAGUCCUGCACAGUAUGCGCCGAGGAUUUCUGCGUGGAUCGCAAGAUACACAAUCUCAAAUGCGGACAUGUCUUUUGUCGUCCGUGCCUAAGCAAUCUGAAUCCAAGCCUAUGCCCCGUCUGCCGGAAGUCGUUCCGCCAGAACGAGAUCGAGUGCGUCGGACCGUGGGAGAGCGAUCCCAGCCCGGUACAGACCGACGAUAAGUGGGACGACUGGCGGGACGUGCUUGACAGGAUCGCGCUCAUGGGGAUCGAGGACGACACUUGGGUACCCUCCACCGCUGAUCGCGAACAAGACUACGGGGUGCGCGAGGAGUUGGGCUUGCCGCGGGACAGGGGAGAGGAGGAUUGGAACAGAGAUGCAUGGCUGUCGCCGAGCGGUCACCCGUUUGCAAGCGUAUCGCUGGAUUCUCCUUCGUCCAUCGAGUGGGCGCCAGGGGUGACUCUGUCGGAUAGGGAGUAUGCGGAGGACUCCGCGGCAUGGGCGGCGAUAGCGUUGCGACCGCGAGCGGGUGGAAGUUCAAGCGCCGGUGGAUCUCAACGGAUGUCCAUAGGACGCGACGAGAAAGGCGGAUCAUGCGUGAUAUGUUGA